CAGCCUCCAGCCCAGCCGUCUCCCACUCCCGAAGAGUGGAGGCGAAGCCACCGCCACCGCCACCGCCGGCGCACGCGUCACCAGCAUCCACCUCCACCGUGCGGGAGCUCGGCGAUGGCAGAAGCUCCCAGAACCUCGGAGGCCCGCCGCGACGCCGUGUUCGGCCGCUGGGUCGUCUUCUCGCCGGCGCGGUCGCGGCGCCCCACCGACCUCAAGUCCCACGCGCCUGCCAACCCUAGCCCCGCCGCCGCCGGAGGAGGAGGCGAAGGCGCCCCCAAACCGUCCUGCCCCUUCUGCUACGGCCGCGAGUCGGAGUGCGCCCCCGAGAUUUUCCGCGUGCCGGCGCCGCCCGACGCGUCGCCCUGGCGGAUCCGCGUCAUCGAGAACCUGUACCCAGCGCUGCGGCGCGACGCCGAGCCGCCGGCGCCGGAGGAGGAGGGGGAGCCAACGCCCGGGGAGCGCGCCGUGGUGGGGUUCGGGUUCCACGACGUCGUCAUCGAGACGCCGCGGCACGACGUGCGGCUGUGGGACCUGGACGCGGCUGGGGUCGGCGACGUGCUGCUCGCGUACUCGCGGCGCGUGCGGCAGCUCAUGGAGCAUCCUGCGGUGAAGUAUGUACAGGUGUUUAAAAACCACGGGGCAUCUGCUGGGGCCUCAAUGGCACACUCACACAGCCAGAUGUUAGGAACUCCCUUUGUCCCUCCCUCUGUUACCACUCGGCUUAACUGCAUGAAGGAGGUUUUUGAGAGAUUUGGCAAGUGCAGCCUUUGUGAGUUCCAGUCCAAGGAUAUUUUGGUCAGUGAAACAGACAAUUUUUCUGCAAUUGUCCCAUUUGCAGCAUCAUAUCCUUUUGAGAUAUGGAUUAUUCCCCGACAUCAUAGUUCCUAUUUCCAUGAAAUAGACAAGGAUACGGCACUGGAUCUUGGGUCUUUAUUGAGGACCAUGCUGGCAAAGUUGUCUAAGCAGCUCAAUGACCUUCCAUUCAACUUUAUGAUACACAGCGCACCAUUUGGAGUUUCGACAUCCUGUCUGCCUUACACACACUGGUUCCUUCAGAUAGUGCCCCAGUUGAGUGUAAUCGGUGGAUUUGAGAUUGGAAGUGGAUGCUACAUUAAUCCAGUUUUUCCUGAAGACGCAGCAAAAAUUCUGAGGGAACUUGACUGCUGAUUUUGUUUGCCACCCGUUUGGUAUCCGAUUGUUUCUUUGCUUUACAUUGGAAUAAUCGAUGUGGAAAUGUUCCACCACAGUUUCUUUUUUAUUUGUUCAGGAAAAGAACUAUGCUAAUAAUUUGACCUGACAGUUAACUCCAGACGUAAAACUCGCUCUGUUAUUUAUGAGUAUUUGUUUUAUGUAAUUUGAAAAUCAAAUUUCUCAACAUUCCUCGCGCAAACAGGCCCUCAGAAGUUUGAUUCAAGUUUGAUUCUCACAUAGACUGACAGAUUGCUGAAUCAUAGUAUGCAGGUAUCUU